AAAUGACGAGCUUCACAACGCUCGUGCUGCUUACAGUGGCCCUCUCGGUGAGGUACGGCAGCUCCCAGGUGGAAACGAUACUUGACAGCAGUGAGUACGAUGAUUUGGGUUUGCCCACCGUAACCGAACGCAAGCCACAGAUAGCGGGUUUCCUGGCGAACGAUGGCAGUGACCUCUUCCCAUCGGUAUCGAUGUCGAACGAUGGUCCAGCGAUGACUUAUCAGCAGCGUCCGUCGGUCUCCAACUACGCCACCAAUCCAUUCAUAGCCCGUGCUGAACAGUACCGCAAAGCACACAGUGGAGGGUCACGAUCGCCACUCGUUCCCUCGCAACAGCAGCAGCAGCAACAACAGCAAGGAUAUGACCCCCGUGACGGUACACCGUACACACGCGACAUCGCAGUAAAGCAGGGCAUUUUGCGUGGUUUCGUGCGUGUGAUGCAUCCACAGUCCGGGUUGAAAAAUGUGGACCAAUUCUUGGGCAUACCGUACGCAGAGGCUCCCGUUGGUUCGAGACGCUUUAUGCCUCCGAGUGCUCCGAUACCGUGGAAUGGGCUCAAGAUGGCUACCAAGCUAUCGCCGGUCUGUCCACAGAAUCUGCCGAGCCUGAAUAAUGCGAACAACAACUACUCGAAGGGACGGUACGAUCAGAUCAAACGAUUGCUGCCGUACCUAAAGGUGGAAAGCGAAGACUGUCUGUAUCUCAACCUGUACGUGCCGAGUUACGAUGGUAUCGGACCGCAGACUAAGUAUCCCGUCAUCGUGUACAUCCACGGUGAAUCGUACGAGUGGAACAGCGGCAACCCAUACGACGGCUCCAUACUGGCCAGCUACGGGCAGGUGAUAGUGGUAACGCUCAACUUCCGCCUAGGAAUACUCGGAUUCAUGAAGCCCGGCAUCAGCGAUCAUACGACCAGCAACUUCGGCCUGCUGGACCAGAUAGCGGCCCUGCAGUGGAUCAAGGAAAACAUUGGCUCGUUCGGCGGUGAUGCCAAGCUGGUGACGGUGAUGGGCCAGGGCACGGGAGCGGCCUGUGUCAACUUUCUGAUGGUUUCACCGGUCGCGAAGGGAUUGUUCCAUCGGGCCAUCCUGAUGUCGGGAUCGGCCCUGUCCGACUGGGCGCUGACGCAGCACCCGCUGCAGUCAACGAUGCAGGUCCUGCAGGGUCUGAACUGUCCGCUGAACGGGGAAAAUGACGAGGUGACGGCAUGUCUGCGCCGUAAGCGGUACAGCGAGAUACUUGGCGUGAAAACGGCAUCGCCACAGUUCUCGACCCGGUUUGGGCCGAUCGUCGAUGGGCUGGUCAUACCCAAUAUGCCGCACAAAGUCAUGGGCCAGUACAGUGACAUUUUUAGUGGAUACGAUCUACUGUACGGUAUGACCGAGCUGGAAUCCUAUCACAUCCUGAAUGCGGUCGCGCUCACGUACGGCCUGCUGGAAAACGAACGGGACAAUUUAUUGCGAUUUUACAUGCAAAAUCGCUUCGAAAUUCGUCCCGAUCUGGCCCUCGCCGCGACACUGCGCGAGUACACCGACAUCUACAUGGACCCGAACAAGGCACUGGCUGACGAGCAUCGGGACAAUUUGCUGGAGAUACUGUCGGAUGCGCGCGUCGCUGCACCAAUGGUCCAGACCGGGCUCUAUCUGUCGAAGGUCAACCCCAAGUGCUACAUGUACGUGUUUGGCCACAACAGCGAAGCGGGAGAGUAUGGCCGACUAUCGCAGAGCGUCGUCGGCGAGGACUUGGCGUACGUGUUUGGGGCACCACUCGGGCAGGUGGGUCCAUUCCAGCACCAUUAUAAUGCGCGCGAGCGAUUGUUUUCCGAGGCGGUGAUGAAAUAUUUUACGAACUUUGCCAAAACUGGCAACCCGAAGGCCCCAUGGAAGGAUCUAUUUUUGAAUCUCAACCCGGAAGACUGGUCGUACUACGAUGUGGACUGGCCGGAGUACAACAGCAUCAACCAGAGCUAUUUGCACAUGGGCAUUACGCCGGUGGUGGGCCACCGAUACCGCCAGAAGUACAUGAAGUUCUGGAACGAGGAGCUGCCGGAAGAGUUGAAGAAGAUUACCAGCUCGAAGGCGUACGCACCGUACUCGGACUUCUUCAGUCCACCUGGAGCUGGCAAGGGCAUCGUGAAUGCGGGUGUAAGCCGCGUCCGGGGAGGAACCACACCCCAUCCCGACUACCCGACCGGUCACAUCAAUCUGUACCCGAUCCAUGUGGACAUCGAGCGCCCGACGGAGGAUCCCUUUAAGGAGCUGCUGUAUCAGAUGAAAGAUCCACUGGGUGGGCCCGGUAUGUACAAUGCUCCGGCGACAUCAUCGGCUGCUGCCAUACCCGAAAAAGGAGCCAGCCCGGCACAGCUGGCAGCCGGUGGCGAACAUCAUAAGCAUCACAAGCAUCUUCAACAGUCCGCAAAGGAUCCGUUUGGAUCGACGGAGCUGGAUGGUAACGCGACGGAAAUUAUGAAAAGCGAAUCGACGCUCACCAUUCUGAUAGCGGUUGCUAUCGUGUUUUUGCUGUUUAACAUUGUCGUCAUAGUGGGGUACCUUGUUCGACGGCAUCUUGGACAGGGUGGAGCUGGCGGUGGUGCUGGUGGUGGUGUUUCUGGACGUAAAGGCAAACGAAAGUACGACGACACAAUGCUGGAGAGUGCGGCCGCCGUCGUGGUGUCGGGUGUGGGUCUCGGCGAGAAGGAAGACGGAUGCAAUCAGCUUCACCCGCAUCAUCAUCAUCAUCAUCUGCACCAUGGGUCGUACCUGCUGGACGAAGCGGCAACGAUGAUGUUGCGGAAAUCGAACUCGUACGAACCGGUCGCGAAGCAACCGUUCGGCGAGAAUGCUCAUGGACCGGUUUCGAUCGGUGUCGAUGCGGUUGAUUCGCAUACGAAAGUGUGCGAUUGGAUGGUCGCGUCUGCAGGCUGUCGGAUGCCUCCGGUUGUACCUCCACACAAGAUCAGUGUGGCCAUUGAUGCUACUCCACAGGCGCGCGGCAACAGUGUCCUGCGGCAGGAACCGAUAGAGAUAACGAAGGCAAAAUCGUUUGAGUACGGAACGACCGAUGAGGUGGACUGUGCUACGGGAGAUUGUGGACCUGGGAAUGGACCGGUUAGAGAGGUUGACUCAAGUGGAGCUGGUAGUAACUCUUCCGGGACCACAUCGUCCUGCUCUAGUUCAGCGGCGACGGACGAGCUCAAACAAACCAUGCCUGCUGGAGGUGGAAUUUAUUACAACUGUCCCGAUUAUUCGUUACGACGGUUUGGUGCAGCUGAUCAAGGUGAGGAAGAGGUAACCAGCUUCAUAGAACCGGAAGUCCCGGGAGAUAUAAACGUAACGUGCCGUGAUGAAAGUUCGGAAAAGGAUCCCCUCUCGCCCGAAGAAGCGCUUCGAGUAAUCCAGAGGAGAAACUUCCCCAAAGUACUCCCGGAUCAUCCACGGUCCGGUGGGGUUGGCAGUGCAACGCUCGGCGCUUCCAUGAAACGUCGUUCGCUUCCACCACAGUCUUUGUACGGUCCGCUUCCUCACGGUAGUCACAGUUUGCGCCGGGAUGCAUCAGGCGCUGGUAGUCGAUUGAUUCCGGCACCACCUCCACGUAUCUGUUCCACCCUUGGUCGGCCGGCAGCCGUUCGACAAGCGCGUACAAGCAACAACUUCAUCAGCUCACCACCGAUAGUGGCCGAGGAGCCUCCGGUAGAGGAGGAACCACCGAUCGCAUUGAACACGUUGCACGUGGGACCACUGCUCCCAACGCAUCAGGAAAGCACCUACAUGACGAUGUCCCGACAGAAUUCGGUCGGAUCGGAGAGUGAUCCGUGCUCGCCCGACUGUGAAGCGCAGGCAGAGGACGAACAUGGGGUGUGUGAUGGCGGUGAACAGCCACCGGUGGACAUUAUUUGUAUAGAGCACAAGCCGGAAAACCACUACAGCUACGUACGACCAGUUGGCUUGAUGCGAACUCCGUCGUCCUUUAAGUGUCCCGAAAUACUCCGAACGAAUAGCAUGGAGACGCGAAGUGCAGGUGAUGGAGAAACGUUGCAACCUUCCCAGCACGAUGGAGACGCCCAGCUACCCGUGCGUGAUAAGUUUAGUUCCGACUCGUCCGCUACCGACACGACAUCCGGUAGCACCGGUACGAUAAAGAAACUGUAAAUAGCGAAAUA